AAAAAGAAAAAGAUUCUCCACCACAUAACUUGUGUCUCGGUCACUCCUCAUUCCUCCGGUUCUCUGUACUUAACGCAACAUAUCCUUAGGAUCCACUUUGCACUUACUGUAGCUCAAAACCUUGUUAAUUUGUUAUACUUCCCAACACAAGAGCUCGUUCAAUUGAUCAACAAACUCUGAGCUUUAGAUUUGGCUUACACUGACGAACCAGCUUAUGGAGUUGGGUAGGUGUGGUGGUGUUGUUGUUGUGUUGUUUGGGUUGGUGUUGGUGGGGUCAGUGAGUGGGAUUGGUGUGAAUUGGGGGACACAGUGCACACACCCUUUGUCACCGUCUAAGGUGGUGAAAAUGCUGAAGGACAAUGGCAUUCAGAAGGUUAAGCUUUUUGAUGCUGAUGCCGGUAUCUUGGAUGCUCUCAAGAAGUCUGGGAUACAGGUCAUGGUGGGGAUUCCGAAUGACAUGCUUUAUUCGCUGGCUAACAGUGUGGAAGCAGCUGAAAAAUGGGUUUCCAAGAAUGUUUCCAAACAUGUCUCUUCUGGUGGAGUGGAUAUCAGGUACGUUGCAGUGGGGAAUGAACCAUUCUUGUCAACAUACAACGGCACCUACGAAACCACAACUCUUCCAGCUCUCCAAAACAUCCAGGCAGCUCUCACAAAAUCCGGUUUAAGCAACCGUGUUAAAGUAACCGUUCCCUUAAACGCCGACGUCUAUCAAAGCUCCUCAGAAAAUCCAUCCGACGGUGGUUUCAGACCUGACAUCAACAAUGUCAUGCUGCAGAUUGUCAAGUUCUUGAACGACAAUGGAGCUCCCUUCACAGUGAACAUUUACCCUUUCAUCAGCCUCUACUCAGACCCCAAUUUCCCUGUUGACUACGCCUUUUUUAAUGGCUACCAGCCCGCCAUAAAUGACAACGGAAGGACCUAUGACAACGUGUUUGAUGCCAACCACGACACUCUAGUGUGGGCCCUGCAGAAGAAUGGGUUUGGAAACUUGCCCAUAAUUGUGGGGGAAAUUGGUUGGCCAACAGAUGGGGACCGAAAUGCAAACCUUCAAUAUGCACAACGUUUUAAUCAAGGUUUCAUGUCACGUUAUAUGUCUGGAAAAGGGACCCCAAUGAGGCCUGGUCCUAUAGAUGCUUAUUUGUUUAGUUUCAUAGAUGAAGAUAGCAAAAGCAUUCAGCCAGGGAACUUUGAGCGUCAUUGGGGGUUGUUUUACUUUGAUGGCCAACCCAAGUACCAACUUAAUCUUGGGUCAGCACGUGGUAAUGGGUUAGUAGGGGCUAGUGGUGUUGAUCAUUUGGCUAAAAAAUGGUGCGUUUUGAAACCCUCUGCAAACCUUAACGAUGACCAAGUCGCACCUAGUGUGGCAUAUGCAUGUCAAAAUGCUGAUUGCACUAGUCUUGGCUAUGGAACUUCGUGUGCCAAUUUGGAUGUUCAUGGUAACAUUUCUUAUGCGUUUAAUAGCUACUACCAGAUUAAUGACCAGAUGGAUAGUGCAUGCAAAUUCCCGGGGCUUUCUAUGGUCACUGACAAGGAUCCUUCCGUUGGAGAUUGCAAAUUCAGAAUCAUGAUCGAGACAGAUUCUGCGGAGUUACAUGCAAGAGUUGGAUCUCUAACAACAGUGCUAUGUUUUUUAGUACUUUUGCUAUUUUGUAAUCUUUGGUUUUGAUUUGCUUGCUUUUUGACUGGUAUUUCGAUCUUCAUUGCCAACAUUAAUUAAAAUCUUGAUGGAAAAAAAUAUUCUCGUCUAA